GGUCCCGAUCUCGGUUUCUCUAUCCCUCCUCCGAUUCCAGAAGAGAAUUUGUCGACGGGCGACAAGAGCGAUGAAUUGAUAAAGGUUUUAAGGGAGCUGACUUCUGUACAGAGAAAUAUAGCUAGUUUGCAAGUUGAACUCCAAGGAAGGAAGGAUGACAAAAAUGUUGCACAUAUAACUCAUGUCAGUGAAAUGGAAAAGAAAUGUGAAUCCUUGGCCAGAAUUACUGCUAUACUAAAAGAUGUUAUUCAGAAUAAGGACCGUAUCAUUGCUCGUCUUCAGCAGCCAUAUUCUCUUGAUUGUAUACCUGUGGAAGCUGAGUAUCAGAAACAAUUUUCAGAGUUGUUACUGAAGGCUGCAAGUGAUUAUGGGGCUUUGACAGCAUCAGUUGCUGAUUUCCAGUGGAGCCAGAAUUUUAGAGAGUCACCAGCAGUAUGGGGGGAAAUGCUUCGGCCCAUCCCUGCAGCCUUGGCAUCAUGCACUCGAUUCUUCGAAGCAAUGUCGGCGAUGAGGGACUCAUUCUCAACCCUCCAAAACCUCCGAGCAGGCCAGAACUCCUCUCUCAUGACUCCAACAAAUUCAUCGACAGGGGACGAUGAUUCCAAGUACUUGACGCCACCUCAGUGGAGAGGAGAUGGGAAUGCGAGUUCUGAUGACUCAGUGGUGGGCAGUCACAGAGCUGAGGGUGGUGAGCCUGAGGAUGGGAUGAAUUUGAGGAGGUUGUCCUGGCCUCCUCCUAUCAACAAGGGUUUUUAAUUUGUGUGUAACAAUCCUUUGCUUGAGUUAUGUAUUAUAUGAUCUUCUUGUGAUAGUGGUUUGUAUGGUGUAUUUUUUCAAAAAAAUUCGUUGGCUUCCUCCAUUCAAGGAGGGUUCUCUGGUUUGUGGGUUUUUUUUUUUUUUUUUUUUUUUUUUGGUGGGUUUUUUUUUUUUUUUUUUUUUUUUGUUUUUUUUGGGUGUGUGAUGAAAAGAUUACAUGACAACAUGAUUUCAUAAUGUUGUGGUUUUGUGGCGUUGUAUUGUUGUGAACUUGUUUAAUAUGAUGCUGUGGUGACGCA